AGUUUGACAUUGACAAUUGAGAUAUUCGGAAACCAAAUCGGAAACGGAAAAUAAUUCCAAUAUUUUCGAUAGCCUUUUACCCAGAAAUUACCUCCAAAUAAAUACUUGAAGAUGUCCGUUAAGUUAGGCGGCGCUCUUAAGGAGUUGAGGAUUCAUCUCUGCCAGACCAGCAGGCAAUCCAUAGGCGUAAGGCAGUUUAUUCAGAAACACUAUAUAAGCUUGAAGAAGGACAACCCAGGGUUCCCCAUCUUGAUUAGAGAAUGUUGUGGUAUUCAACCUCGGAUUUGGGCGCGAUAUGAGCGCGGUGUAGAACGCACCGCCCCCCUCACCGAUCUCAAAGAGGGAGAUAUCCUGAAUGUCGUCAAACAACUUGCAAAGUAAAUCAUAUUAUCCAUUAAAUUAUUUUAUUAUGUACAUACAUAGCAAAUAGAAAUUAAAAGUUUAUUUCAAUCAAAA